AUGCCCGUUGAUCGAACCCGCGCAUCCUCCUCCAACGAUUCAGAUGAUUACGAACAGGAUUCCUUAAUACGCCAAAUAAGGGAAUUUCAGUACAACUCUGAUUCUGAUGAUGGCGACAGGGAUAGACAACAAGAUGAUGACGAGAGUGGAAAUGGACAAGAAGACGCUGAUGAGGCUAUUCGACAUGAGAAUGAGAAAGGUAAAAAGGUUGUACCUCUCCACGUUGAUGAUAGUGAUAGCCAUUCUCUUAGGGGUGCAAGACAAACGAGGUGUACAUAUGAUGAAGUCCCAAAGAGAGCGAAUAGUGAGAAUCAACUUUCCGAAAUGAAAACCUAA